CAUCGUGCGAUUUAUGGACAGAAAACAUCUUGGCGACAAUAUCUCGACAGAAAAUUCUGACAUGGAUGAAAGUAUGGUAGACGAUUCUGUCUAUAGCUAGUUUCCUUUGUCGGGUACACUGACGAAAAAGGACAAAAGCUUGUAGACAUUGUCUUAGCUUCUUGGAUAAGAUAUAACGCAAAAUCAAAAAAGUUUUAAACUAAAUUUCCUCCGCCUCCGUAUGAUAGGAGCGUUAAAACGGAGCUCAAUGAACUACUAAAAAGCUUUUCGGAUGCACCUGAAUAUUGGGCAGAGUAUACUAUCGAUUUUCAGGGUCAUGCCAAGAAACAUUCUCAGAAGCACAAAAGCGUUUGAAAAAACUGCAAAAGAAAGAAUAUACUUACACUUCAGAUGGCAAAAUCGACUAUAAAAUCGAAAUAACGAAGAGGAAAUAUCGGGGAAAAAAAUUAAAUGUAUCACCAGAGGCAGAAGAAAAAAUUUUUCAAAUUCCGAGCAUAGCAGAAAAGUAAUGCAAAAUUCGCGAGAAACCUGUGAAGGCAAACCAAGUAAUCAUAAGAAUAAAGAUUCAAGCGAAUCACAAAUAAGCAGCGCAUCAGAGUCACUAAAUGCAAAUACAUGCUCAAAUAAGCGAAGGAAAGGCGGAAUGAAGUCCAAGUCUUAUAAUGGUCUGAAAAGGUCAAGAUUAAACUACGAAAACAAUGUAAUUCCUAACACUAAAGAUCCAGAUUUAUUGAAUCUAAGAAUAAUAAAAUGUAUGCACGUGGUGCAUCUCGAUCAGCUGGAGACACAGCGUCAAUUAAAGGACAUUGAUGCAAAGUUAGCUGCAUCCAUAAAAAACGACGACCUACCUCAAAAUUUUGCUGAGAAAUACAAUUUAACUUUGCCAAUAGCGUCUAUAGAAGAUUUUCUUUCAAUGGAAGCUGCGCUACAAUCCUAUAAUUCGUUCAAAGCAGGAUUUAAAAACUCGUCCAUUCUAAUGGACAGAGAUAACCUUCUGACGCGAACAUUUACAAAUAUUCUGAAGUGAUAUCUUUCAAGAGAUGUAGCACUUCAGUUUAACGCCGUAAAGGCGACUGAGAAGAAACCAAAGGUUUUUAAAAGCACGCAAUUCUAUAAGUGUAUCCAUGAUUUCAUAACUGCAAAAUACAUGAGCAUGUCGCUACGACUUACGGAGAAAAAAUGUCUACACGCCUUAGGACCGGUAUUAACAAACGCCAUCGAUUGGGACUGGCAUCGAGCUUUUAGAACAAAAAAAAAUAAACCUAAAAGAUGUACCGAUUGUACUUGUGAAUGAAAACGUUGGAAAUUUUGAAU